GUGUUGUGUUUUUUUCCCCAUUUAGUUACCUUAGUGCCCAUCGUCAUUACGUACGCUUAUUUUUUUCAAUCAUAAGCGCGUUUCGUCCGAGCACUCGUUUGAAGAUAUAUAAAAAAAAAAAAAAAGACAAAAGCCGUACGUUCGAUGUGAUAAUUGAAGCUACGACCGUUCAACCCCACGACAAUUUUCGAAUAAACAGUAUAUACAUUCAAGUAAUACUAUGACUUGAUGGCAGGUAAAAUGAAAGUCAAUUCGAAAUCUAGCGAUGAUUCUAUUUCGUCCUUAAACGAAUCUACCGGGUCAUUAAAUAGAUCGUACAACGAUAUUUCAGAACAAGAAAAUGGUAUCUACGUUGUAGUGAGAUGUCGGCCUCUCAGCAUCAAAGAAAACAAAGCAAUUGAACCAUCGAUUAUAUCUUUUCCGGGAAAUGGACGUAUUUUGAUAGAAGGAUUUAAUUCAAUCGGUGGAUCCAAUGGGCCCAAGUCAAAACUGUUCUCUUAUAAUGUGGUUUUUGAGCCCGCAGCUACUCAAGAAGAUGUUUUCCAAUAUUCAGGUAUCAAAAAACUCAUUGAAAUGGCUGCUGAAGGUUUUAAUACCACGUGCUUCUGUUAUGGACAAACCGGCAGUGGUAAAACUCAUACAUUGACAGGACCACCAGGAAUGUUUUUUAACAAGCGUAUUGAACCUUUUGCCAUGGAUCAUGGCUUAGUGUUUCGCUCGUUUAUGUACCUGUUCCGGUUGGUGCAACAACGACAAGAUCUCCACUUCGUGCUCAAAGCUUCGUUUCUAGAAAUUUACAAUGAGAAAGUAAUAGAUUUAUUGAAUCCUGGCACUCACAGGAAACCCCUAGAAGUAAGAUGGUCCCGGAAAGCUCGUAACUUCUAUGUAGACAAUCUAUUUAUGGUAGACUGUGAAGAGUUAGAUGAUCUACAAGCCGUAUUGGAAGAAGGUAUGAAAAACAGAACAGUCGGAAGUCAUAAUAUGAACGAAAACUCCAGUAGAAGUCAUACUAUGUUGACAGUAUAUAUUACGUCUGAACAACAGAUAUCCGAAGAUGGCGUUUUUAUCACGAAACAAGGAAAAAUUAAUUUCGUAGACUUGGCUGGAAGUGAAAUGACUAAGAAAACCAUGAGUGAAGGGAAAACCCUAGAGGAAGCGAAUAACAUCAACAAAAGCUUAAUGGUCUUAGGUUACUGCAUUGCAUCACUGAGUGAUCCAAAGAAGCGAAAAGGUCACAUCCCAUACCGAGAUAGUAAACUAACCAAACUCCUGUCAGACAGUAUAGCUGGUACCGGUGUCACAUUGAUGAUAGCAUGUAUAUCACCAGCAAGAUCGAAUGCUAGUGAAACAAUCAGUACAUUGAGGUAUGCAGCUCGGGCAAAAAAAAUCAAAACUAAACCAGUGAUUGUUAUGGAUCCUCGAGAGGCAUUGAUCGUCAGCUUGCGACGAGAAGUGGAGGCCUUGCAGAAUGAAAACGAUCAUUUGCGGAAUGCACUGGAUAUUAACAAAACAUCAUCGGCCAGUAUAACGAAUGUAAAAAUGCCACCUAACAUGGACAUGGAUCGGUUAAUACAAAUGGACCCCAAGGAGCUCGUGGAUCUGGUUAAACAUUACGCGAAUGAAAACGAGGCUUUGCGCAGAGAAAACGCCGAGCUGUUUAACUCCAGGGACCUAUUACAGAGGGACCACGAAAUUGUGUGCCGGGAAAACGAACGAUUACUGAAGAAACUCGAAGACGUCAACUCGGCAUGUAUCAGGUCUCCGAUAAUUCCAGCACGUGGCCAAUAUGCAGAUAAAGGGGAAACGAAUUCAACGAGUACGACUAGUUCGCUGGGAACAAUAAAUGACCAAAUGGAAAAUAAUACAAAUGGAAGAGAAAAAAGAAAUUUGCCGAUGAACUACCAAAGAGAAAUAGACAAAAAAGGGAUCGGAAAGAAUAUUAGUAAUUUCAUGGGUUCUCUCAAUAACCGAGGAAAAACGUUAUCGAACAGUAAAGCACCUUCAAAACCAACUUCUGCUACAAGGAUGCCCGUCCACGAACCGGCGGCGGUUUACUCGUUCAACGAAGGACUCAACUCGGCGGCGUCGACACUAGCGUCCAUCGUCAGCCGGCAAGCGUUUGACAUAUCGCGUGGCGUCCGGGUCGGCGACGGACGCGCGGACUACAUCAGCGACGGCAGUGUCGAGGACGAAGGCGGGCGGAGUGCCAUUGGCGGCCGUCUAUCGUUGCCGAACAUCCGGAGCGCCGGCGACGACGACGACAGCAGCAUCAGCGCAGCAGCCGAGGCAAGAGCGCGACGCGACAGCUUCGGCAGCGGCCUGCGGAUGCGGUUGGACGGCUUCGGCGGCGGUUUGUCGGUACGCCCGGACACUCCGGCCUUCGGUGACGUGAGUGCGAGGCGCGACCCUUUCGGCAGUCCGGUCACGCCUCAGAUGUACAACGGGUUCAGACAUCACGCCAACAACAGGGCCGCCGCCGCCGUUAAAACCGCUACCGCGUCCAGUUGAUUAUCCGCCGGAGGUGAUCCGUAGUUCUUGCUCGCGUCCUUCGUCGGUGACCAUCGCCAUCGCUGACAGAUAAUAUAAAUCUAUCGUUUCUCCGUGUCCCCGGCGGCACUCGAACUCCCGCGACUUCCGUUCGGAUUAUACCUGGUAUACUUUCCAAUCUCGAUGUGAUACCGGAUUCGGUUCACGAUUUUUUGUAAAACGUGCACAUCCGCGUGAUGCAGAUACUGCGGAGUAUAAGGAUAAGAAAUAAACGCGAACGAGAACAUAAAAAAAAAAAAACCAAUCGUUCUGACGACCACGAAAAGUGUGUACGCGCGCAUGUACAAUAAAUACACAUACGUUUAUGUAUCGUAGCGUAACAUUUAUUUUCUUCUUAUUUUCCAUUUAUUAUAUACGUAUAAUGUACAUAUAUAUAAUUACGACUUUUAUUCUAUAGACGUACACAUAAUAUGAUAGAAUAAAACUCGUACUUUCCUCUUUACAUUGACUACAUUUAUUGUUAUGGUACGAUAUG